AUUGUUUAUCCACGGUCGGCGUCUUCAAGAUCACUAUCAAUGCCGUUCAAUGGCUACUAAUUUGUACAGACUCCCACACUUGUCGUCAUGACGGCUGUAUGACCAGUUUGAUCAUCACCAUCAAAACUUGAUGCCACAAUGGCCGACGGUGGCAUCCUGCACAAUGUGCCAAUCGUUCUAGACAACGGCAGUGGUACAAUUCGUGCUGGCUUCGCUGGAAACGAUCUCCCUGCAGCAUAUUUUCCGUCCUACGUUGGCCGACCGAAGCAUGUCCGCGCACUUGCUGGAGCUCUAGAAGGAGAUAUCUUCAUUGGGCCGCGGGCGCAGGAGCUGAGAGGGCUACUAAAGAUCACAUACCCACUUGAACAUGGAAUUGUUACGGACUGGGAUGAUAUGGAAAAGAUAUGGACUUAUGUCUAUGAACAAGAAUUGAAAACUCUAAGCGAAGAACACCCUGUACUCCUGACCGAACCGCCUUUGAAUCCCAGACAAAAUCGAGACACCGCUGCACAGAUACUGUUUGAACAAUUCAAUGUGCCCGCCAUAUACAUGUCCAUACAGGCUGUUUUGAGCCUGUAUGCCAGUGGUCGAACGACGGGCAUAGUCCUCGACAUCGGAGACGGGGUCAGCCAUGCCGUUCCCGUAUAUGAAGGCUUCGCAAUCCCAAGCAGUAUCCGCAGGAUUGAUGUGGCAGGGAGAGACGUGACCGAGUACAUGCAGCUUCUCCUCAGAAAGAAUGGACACGUAUUUCAUACCAGUGCAGAAAAGGAAAUUGUCAGAAUUAUGAAAGAAAAAACCGCAUACGUGGCUCUGGAUCCACGAAAAGAAGAGAAAGACUGGGCACAAGGGAUAUGGAAAACAGAGAAAAGAGAUGUCGAAUAUGUGCUCCCUGAUGGCCAGAAGAUCAAGAUUGGAGCAGAGAGGUUUCGAGCCCCCGAAAUUUUGUUUGAACCGGAGUUGAUUGGAUUGGAAUACCCUGGUGUUCAUCAAAUGGUGGUCGAUGCUAUCAACAGAACCGACAUGGACCUUCGAAAGAACCUGUUUGGAAACGUUGUCCUCAGCGGCGGUACGACAUUGUGCAAAGGUUUUCCUGACCGCCUCUUGUACGAGAUGCAACGGCUGGCAGUCAAGGACAUGCGAAUCAAGAUAUUUGCGCCUCCUGAGCGGAAGUACAGUACUUGGAUUGGAGGAAGUAUCUUGGCAGGACUGAGUACAUUCAGAAAGAUGUGGGUCAGCAUCGACGACUGGCAUGAAAACCCCGACAUCAUUCAUUCCAAGUUCUCUUAGAUCUAGACGUUGACCGCGAGACUGGGGGUCACGAGUCCUAGACAUGCGGUCAUGACCGCGAAACCACAAGCCCGUGAGCCCCCAACUGAACCAUGUUGCCGGUCGAUAGUUCAGCGGUGGAGGAUAAACCACCACAGAGGCGGUCGACGGCCUCGUCUGGAACGACCGCGCUGCCCCCUCGCCCUCACUCGCCCAAUAACACGCCGAUCCGGAAGGACGGAGAGUGUCGGUGCAGGAUCUGCUGAUCAAUAAUAUUGGGCACUGUCACUGAGAAGCAUGCGGGGACGGGACAACACCCGAAACCUGGGGAUCAUUGACCAAGUGUCGGCUCGGAAUGGGACCGGCUGCAUGCUAACAAGCCUCUGCCGGUUCAGGACAUCAAAGGUGCAUUGUGCCUGAACAGUUUCAAGUCUACUGUCUACACACCAUGGGCCUAUGCUGACGAGGACGACUACAUUUGGAUACUUCUUCUGUUGUCUCAGGGGGCCCGACACGUGUCGGCAGGUCCUAGCACGAAAGGACAAUGAAGCUGAAAAUUUUUUCAGGGCAUGGAGCAACGUGAAGGAAGGACUGGAGGAUGAUGAGGACGCGGUGAGGUUUCUAUUACCCCCAGGAAACCACUCUCCCCGCCUGCAGGCUUCAUCGAUUACCCCAUAGCAUCUGCAAGUCUCUCGCAUGUGGCGCUGACGAGGCUCGGCAUGACUAAAACAUUGCCCCAAGCACCUGUAAGGUGAAUCUCAUGACUGAUCGAGGUCGCCUUUCUACCAAUCACGU